UUGCGUGCUAUUGCUAGCUAGCUUUCACCUUUCACCAUCUACACUAAACUACUCGGGAGUCAAGAUCAACAAUUUUUUGGGCCAUGAUUUCAAUAAUUAGGUAGGCCAAUGUUGUUUGAAUGAGCAGGAAUUUACUGUUGCUGGUGCCAUAAAAAGGCUGAAGGAAUUAUGAGAAUGUCUGCUCGGUCUGCUCAUUUUCUUCAUUGUCUGCUGUAGUCUUCUGUGGAUGCGUUUGGUCGAAAUUGUUUUGACAUCUGGAACGAAAACUUCGUUGACUCAGUGAAGAUUCAUGCUGCAGACUGAUUUCCAAGUUGUGUGAAACUCAAGUCAUCGGUAAGAAUGGAGAACUCAACUUACCUUGAAUGUAAGGGUCUGAUUCUACCGCUGACGGAUGAAUCGGGCUGGAGCCAUGAAUUCCGAGUGUUCAUCUACCUCCUUGGUCUACUCUGGAGUUUCUUUGCCAUCGCAAUUAUCGCUGAUGUCUUCAUGGUCGCCAUUGAAGUCAUCACGAGUAGGACUCAAAAACUGAAGAUUGCCAAUCCGGACUUCCCCGGUGGUGUCGAGGAAGUGGAGAUCCGGAUCUGGAACGACACCGUCGCUAAUCUAACUCUCAUGGCGCUUGGGUCUAGCGCGCCUGAGAUCCUCCUCUCGAUUAUUGAGAUUUUCGGGAAUGGUUUCUACGCCGGCGACCUCGGUCCCAGCACCAUUGUUGGGUCGGCAGCGUUCAAUCUUCUGGUCAUUACGGCCAUAUGCAUCGCCUGUAUACCGAAGGACGACUCUCGAGGGAUUCAUCGUAUUAAGGUGUUCGCUACCACCACCCUCUUCUCCCUGUUUGCGUAUAUCUGGUUGUUUCUGGUACUGCAGAUUAUCUCGCCCAACAUCAUUGAGGUGUGGGAGGCAGUGGUUAGCUUCAUCUGCUUUCCCAUCCUGGUCAUUGUCGCCUACAUGUUCGACAGGGAUUUCUGCGGCAUUAAGAGACAUGAAAAAGAUAUGGAGCUUGGAGUGUCUGAGGGUUCCCCAUUCCUCUCGACCGGCCACAUCGACAAGAAAGUAGUCGCCGAGUUUAUGCGUGAAGUCGGCCGACACCCAGACCUGGACGAGGCCACCAUCGCUCAGUUGAUUGCCCUGGAGGCGCAGAAGCAUGAGGUUCACUCUCGCAGUUGGUACCGUGUCAACGCCUCUCGCGGGAUGCUCGGACAGAAGAAGAUCGAACAGGAGGUGGAGCCUCAUGUCUUGGAAUUGUAUGAGAAGAUCAAGAAGAAGGAAUUACCGGCCAACCUCCCUCAGUCGGAUCAAUCUGCAGGAGGAACUAAAGCCGUUGUGGAAUUCAGAGCCUCGUCCUGCGCCGUCUAUGAGAAUGAGAAGAAGGUGCAGAUUGUGGUUGAACGUCUUGGACUCCUGAGCUGCCAGGUCACUAUACGGUACGAGACGGUGAACGGUACAGCGGAGGCGGGUUCGGAUUACAUCGCCCAGCGAAGCACGCUCAUCUUUGAGCCUGGAGAGACAGAGAAAGUCAUCGAGAUUGAGAUUAUUGAUGAUAAUGAAUGGGAGCCUGAUGAGACGUUCUUCGUUAAGCUGGCCAUGGACGCCAACAACGAGGCCAGCCUGGGCCAUCGCUCCGUCAUGCAAGUCAUCAUCAUGAAUGACGACGAGCCCGGAGUGCUAGAGUUCACCAAGACAAGUUACCUCGUCAAAGAGAGUGCCGGCGUCGUCUUUGUUCCGGUCGGUAGAAACCAAGGUGUCGACGGUAAAAUCGAGGUCCAGUGGCGCACCAAGGACAUGGAAGCGGUCAACGGCAAGGAUUACAUGGGAGGGGAAGGUAUCUUGGUGUUUGAGCAUAACGAGAAGGAGAAGGAGAUUGAGAUUCCCAUCAUCGACGAUCAAGAAUAUGAGAAAGACGAGAGCUUCCAGAUUGAGCUGUAUGAACCAACGGGAGGAGCUCAACUUGGAAGACUCAAGAAGACUGUCGUGACUAUCAUUAAUGAUGACGAUUAUGCUGGUAUCCUGGACCGCGUGGUUGCCAUCACUCACGUUAACAUGGACCGGUUGAAGAUGGGCAACUCUUCAUACGGUGACCAAUUUGUGGAUGCCAUGAACGUCAAUGGCGGAGACAUUGAAGGUGCUUCGGCAUUUGACUACAUCCUGCACUUUAUCACCUUUGCAUUUAAGGUGAUCUUCGCCCUCGUGCCUCCUCCAGGGUUUCUGAACAGCGGCGGUUGGAUCACAUUCGGCGUAGCUCUAUCCUUCAUCACGAUUCUGACGGCCUUGGUCGGUGACCUAGCAUCCAUUUUCGGUUGCCUCAUCGGCUUGAAGAAAUCUGUGACGGCCAUUACCAUCGUAGCGCUGGGUACCAGUUUGCCUGAUCUGUUUGCAAGUAAGACCGCCGCCCUCAACGAGAAGUAUGCGGAUAAUUCUAUCGGGAACGUGACUGGCAGUAACUCCGUUAACGUGUUUCUGGGUCUGGGCUUCCCAUGGUUGAUUGCGUCUUUAUACUGGGCAGCUAAGAAUGACGAAUUCGUGGUCCCAGCCGGUAACCUUGCGUUUAGUGUUACUGUCUACACCAUCUGUGCCUUGGUAUGCAUCUGCGUUCUCAUGUUACGCCGUAAUCUCGCAAUCUUCGGCAAGGCGGAGUUGGGCGGAGCGUUCGUCCCCAAGAUCAUCAGUGCUGUAUUCCUUAUAUCCUUAUGGUUCCUUUACGUACUGCUUUCAACACUUCAAGCCUACUCAGUUAUUUUCCCAUCUGAAUAAAAAUUGCAAAAGUUUUAUUUACAAAUGUAAAUACGCUGAAAUCCAGUUGCAUUGAGUUAGAAAGCUUACAAAUUGUCUGAUUCCUGAAAAAUGCAUGCCACAAAACUGUUUACUCCCAUUCCCCCCCCCCUUCCCCAUCCUCUCCCCCAGUCCCCUCCCCCAGUCCCCUCCCUCUGAUCUACAACCACACGAAGGCUUAAAUGUGUAGUUGAGUAUGCAUUGUGAAUAUUGAAAAUCAUGUUUUGAAAUUUGCAGGUAAACUGAGCAAUGUAGAAAAUAACUUCUUCAUCAUGGGGAUGGAAAAAAAAGUGCAUUAUUUCAUCAUAUCCAUAUUCAUAAGUUUAGACUUUAUGAAAUCAGUCUUUUUGAAACUUCAGUGGUUAAGCUCAUCCCAUUUGUAGCAAAUUAAAGAUAAUGUCUCGGCGACCCAAAGUGUCUCGUACCAACAUCAAAAGAUUCCUCUAACUGGAGACCGAAUCUAAGUUAAGGUUUGAGAAGCUUCAUUUGGCAAUAAAACUGAAAUUUUACUUUGUCAGCGGCCUUGCAUGGGCCUAGUAUCUGAAAGUCUCCCAUUUUUCCCAAAGUAUUUUCUCUUUAGAGUCUCUUUAAUUCACCAUUUUUUGAUACACAUUUUUAUCCUAUAUGGCCAAAGUCAAAUAAACAGAUUGUCUUUCAACACUAGGAAACUUGUUUUACAACUUUUACGAUCGGAGUCUAUUUAUAUUAUGCGAGUGCAAUUUAGUUGUGGAUUGCGUGAUGUAAGAAUAGUGCAUGGUACAUGUAGUUCCAUAGGAUCCAUGUAUAAUUGAUGGUUUUUCUACUUUUUUAACCUUGGAGAUAUACAUUGUUUAGCUGUUUGUUUGUUUUUUGCUUUUUCUUGUAUUAAACAAGUUUUAGUUUAUGGUGUCUUAUCUUUAAAAAGGGUUGUAUUUAAAGGGUGUGUUCAAUUAGCUUCCCCGGGUCGACUGGGGUCUGCCCUCGGUACGUUCGAAUAGCUUUGACGCCAUUCCCUGGUCAGCCCAAAGUGCCUUAAUUUUGGAAGGGGGUCACUUGGGGCUGACCAGAGGUGCAUGACGUCAAUCGAUUAGCUCUUGUCAGCUCUUAAAUGAGCACUCCAGGGUCGACGCAGAGAAGCUAGUCAAAUUUUAACACAAACAAAGUAGUUUUGAAAUAUCCAUUUAUAGUAUUCGUAUUUAUUUUGAAUUUGUUUAAGUUAUUAUUCAUUUUUUUGAAUUGAGGAUUGAUAAAAUGAUGCUUUUAAAUUAAUCUCUACAGGAACGAUGUCAUAAAUUUCAAUUGUAAAGAUAAACACUAGGGGGCAGCAGACCUUUGCGGUAAAUGUUGUUCGGGUAUAAAAUAUGCAAGUUAAGACUAGAAAUCUGGCGCCACCUAGUGUCACAAAUUGUCUCAUGCAGUUUUUAGCUUUGGUGUAAAUUUUUACAAUAAUAUCUUGGAAUCUGUUUUUAAAAAACGGUUAAUAAUUUUAUUAAUAUCUUUAACUUAAUAGAUGUACAAAGGCAUGUCGGUGUACUCUUGUCACUUAGGAUACCGUGGGAUUAUUCUUGCUGUGGUAAUGUAAUUAGUACACUAGUCUAGUACAUUUGUGUAGGUUGUAAUGCUUCAUGGGCUGUCAAUAAUUGAUCUUGUGUGCCAUGAUGAGAAUAAUUUCAAGAUUUGAUAGUAUACACAUAAUGAAUGUUUAUGAGUGCAAUGGUGCGAAUAUGUUCAUGAGUUGAAAGAUGGAAUGUUCUA